AUGGACUUGAAAAAAUUAAAGAUGUCUAAAGAAAUUAAGCUUUCCAAGUCCAUCUUAGAGAUGAAAUUUAUGAAAAAGACGAAAGAAAAAGUGGAUAAAGCUGAAGAAGAUGCGGAAGGGCAGGCUAUGUAUUCGAACGAGAUUACAGAAGAAAUGAAGAAAAGUGGCAAUAUUAUAUUUAGACCGGCCAGUAUAACGAUAUGUAAACGAUUAGUGGAGGGCAGGCUUUCGUUUGGAGGUAUGAAUCCAGAAAUCGAAAAACUAAUGGCGACUGAUUAUAAGAAAAUCGUCGUUGAAGUGGAGAAACGCAAAGAAAAAGACAUUACCGAUGAAGAAAUGGCACAAAGACAUUCCACAGUCGUUAAUACGAUCAGCAACAAGUUUAAAAAGAAAAGAAAUAGGAAUAAGAAGUUUCAGAAACCUCCUACAAAUGAACCUUUAAUAUAA